UUAUUAUUUUUCACGUUGGUAUUUCUUUUUCCCUUAUUAGUUGUAUAUAAACCAAUACACUUGUUACAAAUAAUGUAUCAUGUAACUUUUAGCAUUGAGCACUGAGAUAAGAAAGGAAAAUAUGAAUAUAUAAAAUUGUUUCUUUUUUAUGAUUUUUGUCUAUUAACAACACGUAUUAACACGAAAGUAUCUAGUCGCAUUGCAUUUUCCUUAUAAAAUAGUACAAUUUCGAAAGUAAACAUUGUAAUAAGACGACGUAUUUUUUAUUCGUAUUUUUUAUUAUAAUAUUGGCAGCAUUGUUACAUGUUAAUAAAUCGGCAAGUAUUGUGACGGGGAUCAGUCUCGUGGUGUCCACCGGUGAUUUUGAGUGGAUGUAUUGUAUAAAAAUAUUUAUGAUUUUGUUGUAUGACCGUGCAAUUAGAAAAACAUAAAAUGUUUAUAAUAUUUCGUACGCUUCUCAUACUCAUUCAUCUUUUAUACAGCUUACGGUUAAUCAUUUAUAAUAGCUGUUUAAUCGUUCAUCGAAAGUGUAUAGGAUAUUGGUAUAAGAAAAAUCCAAAGAUAGAGAUAGAAAUGCUUGUGCAUAGUAUGAAUAAAUUAAGAAAACUGCCAGAACAUGUGGUUAUUUUGGGAGAAAAGAAAGAUUGUAUCAAAGAUUCCAUACGAAUAAUUUCUUGGUGUAUUACAUUGGGUAUACCUUUUAUUAGCUUUUACGGUCGAAAAGACUUUUUAUCGCAACAUGAAAAUGCUCUUAAACAAGAGUUUGCUGUUAGAAGACCAGAAUUAAUGGAGUAUAUUAAUUGGAGUCAGUUGCACAUUCCACGCAAAGAGAAUGGAAUUACAGGUUCUAACACUGUGAUUCGAAUAUUAUUACCAUGUAAGAAUAGCGGAAAGGGCGGAGUAGUAUUAUUAACGCAGCAUUUAGCAGAAGCUGUAACAACAAAAAAUUUAAAAAUAGAAGAAAUCAAUGAAAAUUUUAUUUGUGAGAAAAUGACAUUGAAAGGAAUUCCUGAUCCUGAUCUAGCUUUAAUACAUGGACAUAUUUGCUCUACAUAUGGUUUUCUUCCAUGGCAUAUUAGGACAACAGGAUUUGUCACAUUACCUGAAUGCCACAAUGUGUCAGUAAAGGACUUCAUUUGGAUACUAAAAAAAUAUAGUAAGCGAGAACAAAGAUAUGGCGAAUAAUAUUAUUAUUUAUAAAUAAUUUCUCUAUAAUAUUUGUGUGAAAAAAGACAAUUGAAU